AUGGGACGCCUACAUCAACUAACAAUGACACUGGCUAUGUCCGCACUACUGCUGUUGAUUGCCUCGCAUCUGAGCGACGCUCACGGCCACUCACACGACCACCAUCACGGCCACCAUCACCAUCAUGGCCACUCACACGGAGAUGAUCACCAUCAUCACAGCCACUCGCACGGUCCUGAGGGAAAGAUGUUCCACGGCGCCAGCAAGUGGAGCGCCGAGGCCAACCUGCCAGAAGCGGAGGAACACCAUGGCCAUUUGCAUGGGCAUGCACAUGCCGAUGACCACGGUCAUGCGCACGACCACGGUCACGCGCACGGCCAUGACCACGGUCACGCGCAAGAUCACGGUCACGCACACGGCCACACGCCAGGAGAGCGGAAGGGUGAGCCUGAGAAGCGGGACAUUAUGGAGCUGUGGACACAGGCCAUCGGCGCCACGCUACUAAUCAGCGCCGCGCCCUUCCUCAUUCUCUUCCUCAUCCCAGUUCAAUCCAACAGCGACCAGCACCAGAAUCUGCUUAAGGUGCUGCUAAGCUUUGCGUCAGGAGGCCUGUUGGGCGACGCCUUUCUUCAUCUCAUACCACAUGCUCUGGAGCCACACUCCCACCACGGUGAGGACACACACGCUGCUGAAGAAGCCCACGAACAUGGCCACUCGCAUGGUGGCGCCCACGGUCACAUGAUGUCAGUGGGCCUAUGGGUGCUAGGUGGCAUCGUGGCCUUUCUGAUUGUGGAGAAGUUUGUUCGUUUGCUCAAAGGAGGCCACUCGCACGGACACUCUCACAGUAAGAUAAACGCUGAGAAAUCUUUCCGAAAGGACAGCGAUGGAGAAGAUGAACAGAAGAAGAAAGCAACAAAGAAGAAGAAAGUAGAGCAAAGUGCUGACAUCAAGGUGUCUGGCUACCUCAACCUGGCGGCGGACUUCACUCACAACUUCACGGACGGCCUGGCCAUCGGCGCGUCCUUCCUGGUCAGUCCAGCAGUGGGCUCCAUCACCACGCUCACCAUCCUGCUGCACGAAGUACCACACGAAAUCGGCGACUUCGCGAUCCUGGUGCAGUCCGGCUGCACUAAGAGGAAGGCUAUGUCCCUGCAACUGCUCACCGCAGUGGGAGCGUUGGCGGGCACGGUCUGCUCGCUGCUAGCCGAAGGCGUGGAUCCGGCGGCCAUCUCCUGGAUCUUGCCCUUCACGGCAGGCGGCUUCAUCUACAUCGCCACGGUAACGGUCCUCCCGGAGCUUCUGGCUGGUCGCUCCAGUUUCGGACAGUCUCUAAUGGAGAUUCUGGCCUUGCUGUUUGGUGUCGGUAUGAUGGUUCUGAUCGCUGAGUAUGAAUGA